AUGCCAAUUGCCAACGGUGACGCUCUUGGGAGAGCUAUGAAGGCCGAAUUCCAGGACCACACCAAGGCCUUGGAGGUCUUGGAGAAGGAGUACCCGAUCAAGGAUGGUCUUGAUGUCGACACUCUGCUUGAUUCUGACAAGCACGGUGCGCUGACCUACAAUGACUUCCUCAUUCUUCCGGGAUAUAUCGGUUUUCCUGCUUCCGAUGUUACUCUGGACACGCCAGUCACCAAGCGUGUCACAUUGAAGGCUCCCCUUCUUUCCUCGCCUAUGGACACGGUGACCGAACAUAACAUGGCCAUCCACAUGGCUCUUCUGGGUGGCUUGGGUGUCAUCCACCACAACUGCUCUCCGGAGGACCAGGCUGAGAUGGUCCGGAAGGUUAAGCGUUACGAGAACGGAUUCAUCUUGGAUCCCGUUGUGCUUUCUCCCAGGGCGACUGUCCGAGAGGCGAAGGAGCUGAAGGCGAAAUGGGGAUUCGGCGGCUUCCCAGUUACUGGUAAGUUCUACUUUGCUUCUCUUCUCCCUCUUUUCGUGAUGAUUCCCAUCUAUCUCUUAUAUAACUUUCGUUCCACUGAAGCGACGAGAGUUGCAAUGUAG